AUGAGGCGGGUGUCUUUUGGUGUUUUGCGGAGGCUGAUCCUCGUCGCGAUCUUUGGAGAUUUCGUCACUGGAACGCGCGGGAAGACUUCAAUCGCACCCGCAAAUACCGUCAGGAUGAUCGCCCCAGAGGUCACACUUACACAUUUAAACCAAGCCGACGGUUCUGCAACAUAUACGCAUAAUGGAUACUCGAUCAUCGGCGCAGUGAAUGGACCGAUUGAGGUGCAACGGCGAGAUGAGAUGCCAGAAGAAGCUGCGAUUGAGGUGAAUGUUCGGCCUGCUGCAGGUGUUGGAAGUCCAAAAGAGCGACACCUAGAAACGCUUCUCCACAACACAAUCCAUAGCAUAAUCCUUGCAAGAUUGAUACCACGAACACUGGUGCAAAUUACACUCCAGAUCCGGAGCUUGCCAGAGGUAGAAUCAUCGACAGGUGUCAAUACUAGUCUUUCAAUCCUCCCUCAUCUCCUCCACACAGCUCUCCUCGCCCUACUAUCCGCCUCGAUACCGCUCUCUACUACCUUCACAUCCGUAAUUAUCGCCAUACCGUCGUCCCCCUCAAGCACAUCCGCAAAUUUCCUCAUACAACCUACUGCAAACGAGCUGUUGCGCGCGAAGCCCGUACGAUCAACACACGUGUUCGCGUUCUCUGGGAAGAGAAAGAUGCUCUUGAGCGAGAGCGAAGGGACAUUCAGCUAUGAGGAGUGGGCCGAGGCUAGUGAGUUGGCGGAAAACUUGUGCUGUGGAGAAGAGGAGGAGGAUGAGGAAGACGAAGGAGGCAUCAAGUUGGGUGAUGAUGAGGCCAUAGAGAUUGAUGGGCCGGCGCACAGUCAGAGUCUGGAAAAGUGGCUGAGAGAGGUUGUCAGGAAGAAGGUUGAGCAUGAGCAGCGAUGGAAGACUGCGGCGUGA